AUGUUCAUUCAGGACGGCCAAAUCACAACCAGCACCAAGCCGAUUAGCAUCCCCAGGCUGCCUAGUGCAGCGGUGCAACGUACAGUGCAAGUACAGGAUCUGUGUAGACGACGCGGCAGUAGCAGUAAGACGGUGCGCGUGCUACAGUACUACAUCGGCACAAAUUUUGUGAUACUUCUUGUUCUUGCACUGGCUGGUAUUACUCGAGCGGAGCAAUUCAAUGGCUAUUCCUAUCCGAAGCCAGGCUGCGGACAGCAGGAAACCCAAACAGUUUACAUAACACAAACCGUUACGGACAAUCAAGUGCAAAAGGAAACUCUCAAGGGUGGAAUCCACCAUGACGAAAGAGUUGUGACGCAAUAUACAUCGAUCUAUGUCACUUCGACCUAUACCGAAACCGUUCCAGUAGACCAAACCGUGACCCAAACCACUACUGUUACGGUUCCUGCUCCAGCUCAACGAGACCAAACAAUCUACCAAACGAUCACCUUACCACCAAUUGUAUCAACAUACAUAUCCACACAAAUCCAGACAACGCCAGUUUACCAAACCGUUCAAGAUACAACAACCGUCACUUUACCACCCCAGAUUCUUCCAGGUCAAACUAUCACCACAACCAUAUCGCAACCACCAGUCGUCAGGACAUCAACGAUCGUUCAAACAUCGGAGGUGCCCGUUGUAUCUACCAUUCGGGACACAACGUCUAUACUUGUUCCGCCAGUAACCCUCCCGCCGCAGGUCAUCUACUCCACCGUUCAACUGCCAGCUCAGUACAUAACAACAACCUCAUACUUCACGACCACCGCACCGGUCAUCCAAACCAUUCAAACCACCAUCACUGCCGCUCCGAUAACCCAACCGGGACAAACCAUUUACUCCACCGUUACCCAACCUCUUCAGAUCAUCUACUCAACCGUCAACCAACCCACUCCAGCACCAGUCAACCAAACCGUUACCGAAACCCAAACCAUUCAACUGCCUGGGCAAGAACCUGUGUAUCAAACGAUUUACAACACCGUGACUGUGCCGGGUCAGAUUCAAACCCUUGACAGUGUACGAACAACGACCCUUCGUGAUGUUCAAUACGUCACUGAAACUGUCACCACUACGCUACCCGGAGUUCAACACGAUGCUCCAACCGUCUACUCAACCGUUCAACUGCCAACGGUAACGGAAACAUACUGUGGUCCAUCAAAUACAUACCUUCCGCCAGCCGAAGAAAACGUCGCCGGAUUCGGAGGCUUCAAUCUACGAUUUCAUCGGUUGUUCUAG